AUGAAUCUUAAAGCUUCUACUUCAUUUGAACCGCUGAAUCCGCAUAAAAUUUUCAUUUUGGAAAAACGAAUUAAGAAGAAAGUUAAAAUACGUCGACGGCCAAAGGAGAAUUUUAUAAGGAGAAGAAUUGUCAAAAGCGAUUUAAAGGACUUAAAAUAUUCGCAGUUUGAACCACUCUAUGAAUUGUGGUGUGACUAUUUUAGCACCUUAGUUAGUGGAGCCGGUGGUCAAUUGGAUUCUCGAGUGUUGAAGGCUGAUUAUCAUGGAUGUCUGUUGAUGGUUGCUGAAGCUGCUAACCCAGCGCAGGUCGGUAUUUGUGGCAUUGUAACGCGUGAAACCAGGCAAACCUUCAUGCUAAUGACAAAACAAGAUCGCUUGCUAAGUUCGUUUUAA